AUGACACGCAGUAGAUAUAGCAACAAGCUUCUAGCCCCGUUGAACAUCCGUGGGAACUCCCCACACACCCGCCUUCGGCCCUACGAGUACACCGGGGCCGAAGUGACACUAAUCGAGGAGAUCGACGGAGCCCUUCUAAAUUCGUAUGCCUUCGCUAUAGCCCACAUCAGAACCCGAUCUUUUAGUAGAAACAACCUUCAGGUCCCACCAACAGUUAUCAUUGAGUGGCUAUCUACAUUUUCAAUACCCCCAGUCAUGUUGUUACCGCCACCAGACAACCCCAACACCACAGUCAUCUCACACUACCCUCAACUAAACACACGGCUCAGCCUCGAAAACAAUGAACAAACUCUUCCUCAGACUCCUCAGGUCACCCCUCACCCAACCUCGACCACCACCCCCCACUCCAUAUUCCCCCCACACCUUAGCCCACCCCCUACUCGCACUCCCCCAACAAUUUCACCCUCCCCUCGUCAACCUUGCCAUUUUGCCCAUCCCCGUCAGCCUGCCCGUUCCUCCCUACCUGCACAAUCUGACAUCUCCCAGCCCUCAACGUCAUAUUGCCUACCACCCACCAACCAUCCAGUGCCCUUGCCACGAGCAUGGCUUCCCCAGUCAGCUAGAGGAACUCAUCAAAAAGGAACAACAACCAACAUCAAGUGCUACUAG